CUCUAUCUCAACCUCAUCGCCACAUCAAUUUGAAUUUUUGUCUUCUUCGACAUUUGCAUAACUUUUCUGCAUUUAGCGUCAAGCAUCUUUGAAGAUGGCGCCGCUAAGUGCUGAAGAGCUGCAGAAGCACCCAGAGUAUGAGCAUACCAUCUGGAAGCUCAAGCCUGACCAGGAAGGGAAAGUCGCCGUGGCAAAGGACCGAGGCGGUCCAAUCAACAUCGCCUACGAAGUUCACGGUCAUGGCGACCGCAAGAUUGUGUGGAUUAUGGGCCUUGGCGGUAUGAAGUACGCAUGGCAACGUCAAACAAAAGACUUUGGCCAUACCCAAGGAGACAAGUAUUCAUGUCUUGUGUAUGACAACCGUGGUAUUGGCGAUUCAGAUAAGCCCAGAGCAAGGUAUUCGACAUAUGAGAUGGCCAAAGAUGUCAUUGAAGUCAUUGACCACCUGGGCUGGACCGACCAACGCCAGUUGCAUGUGAUCGGCAUCAGCAUGGGCGGCAUGAUCGCUCAAGAAGUAGCAAUGCUCAUCCCAACCCGAAUCUGCACCCUCUCCCUCGUCUCCACCGCCGCCGGCGUAUUCCGCACAACUGGCUUCAUCGAGAACCUCUACAACCGCGUCAACCUCCUCAUCCCAAAGUCAAUUGACUCACAGAUCGAAGGCGUGAAGAAGAACCUCUACACGCCUGCAUGGUUGGGCAGCCCCGAUACCCUCGAACCUGUCGUUCAGUCCUUCCCGACGAACGGCGACCGCUUCGCCGCCAACGAACUUUGGAAACGCCAGCACCCUGAGUAUUUCGCCAAGCCGGGUUUCAUACUGCAACUUAUUGCUGCGGGGUGGCAUAAUAAGUCCCCCGAGCAGUUGCAGCAGAUUGCCAAAACGGUGGGUAAGAAGCGCAUUAUGGUUGUUCACGGAACAAAGGAUCAGAUGAUCACGUUUCCACACGGCGUUGUGCUGUGGCGGGGGUUGGAGAAGGGGCAGGGGAAGACGGGAACGGAGAACUGGUUAGGCAUUGAGGAAGAAGAGGAUGUGUGGCAGGAAGGAGAGGUUGAGAAGCAUUUUGUUAAGAGGCAGGGGCAUGUGAUGCCUGCUGAGAUGAGGGAGGAGUUUCAGGGAUGGGUUGAGGGGCUGAUUGAGAGGGGGUUGAGGAUGAAUGAGAGUGAGGGGGUAUGAGAGAUGCAUAGUGAACAGGGGAAGUACCAAAUAACACAGUAUAAAUGCAAACA